UUAAUAAAAUCACGUACACCGCCUUUCUCUCUUCCACUGUCUUUACUUCAAAGCAUUUGUAUCUUUUUUUAGAUUUUUUUGUUCUUGAUUCAGCUACGUUGCAGCAUUUCGUUCAUGGCUCACCAUAACCAAGCACAAGUUUUUCUUCUUCUUUUUGUGCUGUUUUGUAUCAAUGAGGCUGUUUUAUCAUUUCAGCACCGACCCAAGAUCUGCGCCGUUGAUCUGGCAGCAUUAUCAGCCAUUAGAGACAGCUUGACGGACAUUCCAGGCUCAAGAUUCUUCUCCACUUGGGAUUUCAACGCACCAGAUCCUUGUUCAUCGUUCACCGGCGUCACCUGCUCUUUUGAAAAUCGAGUCACCAUUCUCUCUCUCGGCACUGGCCUCUCGAACUCACCUGGCCUCGCUGGCUCACUCUCCCCUGCUCUUUCCAACCUUACCGAACUAACCCAACUCGUCCUCUUCCCUGGUCUCGCCACCGGUCCUAUCCCUCCCCAACUGGGCCAGCUCACUCGUCUCCGAGUCAUUUCCUUGACCAACAACCGCUUAACAGGACCCAUCCCAACCUCCUUUUCUACUCUCCCAUACUUACACACUCUCGAUCUGAGUUCAAACCAACUCACCGGGUCAAUCCCACCAGGUCUUACAAAGCUUCCAUUUUUAAAAGUUCUGAUAUUGAGUUCAAACGAGUUAACAGGCGAGUUACCCAGGACUGUGUCGGCGCAGCUAUUACACUUGGAUUUGAAGAAGAACCACAUCAGUGGACCGUUGCCAAGGUUGCCGUCAACUCUACGUUACUUGUCAGUGUCGGGGAACUCAAUGUGGGGUCCACUCAACGGCCUGGAAUCACUAACCGAGUUAGUAUAUCUCGACGUUAGUAUGAACAAAUUCAGUGGGCCCAUCCCAAGUUCACUCUUCAUGAACCCCACCCUCUCUUCACUGUUUCUGCAAAGGAACAAUUUAUCGGGUGGGCUCCCAUCAAUCAAGAUGGACCCCACGAUUCAAUCCUACGGCGAGGGAUCCAUCGUGGACUUGAGCCACAACUUCAUCACGGGUGAAAUAACCGCGUUGUUGGCCGGAGUCGAGACUCUGUUCUUGAACAAUAACCAUCUGAUUGGAUCAGUCCCUGAGGAGUACGUUAAGAGCGUCUACAAUGGCACCACCAAAACACUGUAUUUACAACAUAAUUAUUUAUCAGGAUUCCCAUUACCUCAAGGUUCGGCUUUACCCGAUACGGUGUCGUUAUGCUUGUCCUACAAUUGCAUGGUGCCGCCGGUUGGGAUAUCAGCCUGCCCGGCCAGUGUAGGAAGGCAGCCGUCGAGGCCGGAAUCGCAAUGUUCAGCAUUCAGCCAUCAUAGCCCCAUGGACUAAUAUCAGAUAAGGUCGAUCACGUUCACAUUACUAUUACUAAUAUUACCGUUACAUUAUCAUUGUUAUAUGGUAACAGAGUGUGUUUUU